AUGGCCGAAGUCACCGACAUACCCAUGGAAAACGACGUUGACGUUGAUGUCAGCGAACAAGAAUACGAUACAGACAAAAUCAGGUUAUUGCCUGGCUCCUCGGACGACGGCACGGCCUCUUCGUUCCAGAUCAUCGACGAAGACCAUACUUUGGGCAAUGCUCUAAGAUACAUCAUCAUGAAGAACCCAGAGGUGGAGUUUUGUGGUUAUUCGAUUCCACAUCCUUCGGAAAACAAGUUGAACGUGCGUAUCCAGACGUACGGGAACAUUACGGCGUUGGAAGCGUUGCACCAGGGCAUGGACAACUUGUCUGAGUUGUGUACGCAUAUUGAGGAGACGUUUACGGAGAAGGUGGAGGCUGGCGGGUAUGCCACGACGGAGCCGUGA